AUGGAACGGUGGGCAGUCAUCAUUUCACAUAAUAUCAUUUUCCUCACUGGCAGUGUUCACUCAAGAUCAUUAUGGGACUUAUUCAAUCUACUUUUUGGCGAUAAAGCAGAUUCUGAAAAGCAAAACAAGAUUCCGGGCGACGAUGAAGACUACAAGGGAAGAAAACCUGUCGACAAGCCCGCCGGCAGUAUGGAGAACAACGAGAUUAUUGUUAAAAAUCCUCGUACACACAAAAAAUGGAAUACCAUCGACAGACGCGUUGGCUGGACUUAUUCAGCGAGGAACGAUCCUAGGACCUCAGAGGGCUAUAGGCUGUGGUUGGAGGAGAUGAGUCAGUACCUCGGAAACCUCAGUGGACAAGACCAUGGAAGACAUCAUUUAGAUUAUUAUUAUGAUUUUGAUGAAGAUGAUCUAUUUGAUUAUUAUGAAUGGGAUCCGGAUAAUCCCCCUGAAGAUCCUGAUUAUUCGGAAACAAGUGAUUAUAGUUAUGAUAGUGAUUUUGAAUUUGAUCAUGAUGAGUUAAGGGUAUAG